ACUGGAAUCUAUCUUUGGCAUAGUACAGUUGAGUGAACGAGAUGUUGGUGGCGGUUAUAAAUCACGCAAAAGACUUGCCGAAGGCCGAAACUACUUGCUUGCUUCAAUAUGCGACUGAUUAUCGGGUAUAUAUGUGGAGCUCUGUCAAAGUCUAACCCUUCUACCAAAUUUAGUACAGAAAGCUCUUCGAGGUGGUAUCGGCAACAAAUCCAUCAACGCACUAGUCGAUACAAUGGCUCCUAUCCGAUCCCGUAUACAUUAUGCCAAUCCCGAGGUACAACUCUCCAUGCUCGGUAGAAAAUUCGGCACACUCAAACGAACACUGUAGUGAUGGCUGGCACAGAUUAGCUCUCGCUGAAAGUGCGUGAAGUGACGUGAGGCUCCCAUGAUGGCUAACAUAUUAAAAGGCCGAUGAAAUGCUUACUGAUACAGACGGGUAUUAAAAGCGGCUGACGGGGUGCAGCUGCUUAGCUGUACGGGUGUAGACGUCGUGGAUCCUAGUCAGACGAUGACCUGGCCAGACGUCGGCCGGGACGUUCGAGAAUGACACUGCCUCCAAUCAAAUGCAUUUGUGUGAAGCAAGCGAAGGUCGAGAACUUUUCAGCGUCUGACUUGGAGUAAAACACUGUGAUCUACAAGACACGCGAGCUCGUACCGGUCGGCGAGUAUGACCGAGGGUCCAGAACCGCAAGACAGCGCGAAAGCCAGUGGAGCAGCAAGACGCCAUCCGGCGCGAUAUCCCGAGAACUGACAGAACGGGCGUCUGCGCGGGUCACGCACGAGCCGACUCCUAGUCCACUCGGUACUUGGGUCGUUCUGACAGGAAUGUUCGGCCCGGUCUCCGGUUCCAUAAAGGGCGCACAGCCACCGGCGAGGCCCAUGGUUCCCGUCGUCCGGACAAAGCCCAUUUCACGUUGUGCGUGUGAGGCCGCUGCAAUGACCGUUCGCCUCGGGUCGAUCUCGGCACGAGUCUCUGUUCCCUGCCUGCCGCUUUUGUCCGUCCCUCGACGGCCUUUUCCCCAUUGAUGACAACUUUACAAGUUCCUCGCUCGUCCCGUCCAGCGGUCGCAGGAGUGACUGACUCCGCGUCCGCGGCUGGAUCGUGCUUUUAUGGCAGCCAGAGGAGGAGGAGGAGGAGAAGGAAUAAAGCGCAGCGCGACGAGACACAGGAAAGAGGAGGGAAAAAUUGAGCUCUUCCUCGCUUCGAUCUGCUGUAUUGUUCUGAAUAUUCCAAAGCAGCUGGACAGCAGUCAAAAGUCGGUCGGCCGCCUGAUGAACGUGAGGUCUUACUAACCAAGGAGAAGAUCGGAAUCAGUAGACAUCACACAUGAAAAUCAAACAGCAAGUGGAGGUGAAUUUCAAAUCUGGGACUCUGGAGCAUGGACUUUGACCGAGAAAGUGGACAACAAUUGGAGCUCCCAUGGAGUAGACGAUCUUAGUGGAAGAAUUCAAGGCGGAUGUAGACACAAAUAUGUCUUCAGGUAUCUAUAGAAAAGAGCAAUCAAAUGUCCUGGAAUCUAACGCUUCGGUUGAAGCUGAACUCUCUAGGCUACCAGCCUUAUCAAGAUAUUGUACAGAGGCAAGUCAAAUGUAUCUUUACAGAAGAGCAGGCAGGUGCUGCACCUGGAUCUGCUCAGGAACUUCACUUUUUUGAAUAGUUUCGAAAGCUGACAAUUUUAUCAGCCUCUCCUCCACCUCGGGGCUUUCCCGAAUUCGGGUGAAAUCUAUUGGAAUCUAAAUUUACAUUUACAAGAGUACUGUCAGCCUUCUCGAGCCACGACCGGGCAGACUGAGGCGCUACCACUUGGUGUACCCCGGAGCCGACGAGCCCAAAGACCCUCGUUACAGCAAGUAAUCGACAUAUAUAACAGAAGAAUCGUUGGACGAGUGCUCGAGCCUCCUGCCGGAAUGUUUCGUGGAUGAAGAUUUAUAAUUGCCGAAAGCCAAUCGGCUCGGGCUGCUCUUCCCGGUGAGCCUCAUCACCACUCGCAUGUAUGCGUCUUUGAGCUUCCGGCAUAAGCUCGCGGGGGAAACAAUGCUGAUGCGCAGCUUCGGAAUCUUCAAACCCCAUGAGCGCUUCCCCAAUCUCGUACUCUUGAUCGCCCUUCUUCGGCUCCGCGGAUAGUAGCGCGGAUUCAUCUGUUCAUACGUGUCUCGCAGCCGAUACUUCCUCACUCGUUUCCAAAUUAACGGGAGCAGGCCCGAGUACCCAUCCAUCGAGCCCAUUUUCGAUCCAAAAUUCAUCAGCACCGACGAGUUUCUCCCCCUCAGUACGAUCGCCUUCUCCGAGUCUGCCUCCUGGCGCCGCGAAUCCUUCCAGCUCUGAAUGCCUCCUCACCUUCCCAUCACCCUCGAGUCUAAUGGCAUAAUCGUCAAAUCUUUGUUCAGGAAGGUCUGAAACUCAUCCUUGCUGUAAAACCAAGACCUCUGCUGCUCCAAACCAUUUCUGCAGUUCCACUGCUGCUCUGAUUCCGAACAACUUUCUCUGUCGUAGAUCACGAACACGAACGAAUCCCCUCGCUGCACACCAAAAUCGGCAGAGCACCAGUCCAAAGGCAGGUGCAACGAGUCCGGAGCUUCCGAAUCCUCAGUGUGUGAAACAACCCCGGACUCAAAAAAAACCCGAGAAGGGAAACGAAAUCUGUGAAGGUGUAGUAGCAGCCCCUGGCGAGAGCGGUGGACCGAAGAGCGUCAGCUGGGGCGCCGCAUGAGACGGAGGAGUCGGAUGAGAACGAAGCCCGGAGACGCCAGCUGAAUAUGAAGGCCCUAUCUGCGUGCGUGCGUGCCUUGCUUCUUUGGAUUUCCUUCUCAGCACACCGGUCCAACCGAAACCAGCAUUGCCGCCUCGCCUGCAACAAAUGAAACGAUCUGCCUCAACGUGGCCUUUAAUCCGCGUACGACCAACUUCAACCGGCGUCAAAGAUUUCCACAAACGUGGUCAGUCAUCACUCUCGCGUCCUGCCCUGCCCUGCCCUGCCUUGCCUUGUGGACUCUCUGCUCUCCGAAGACGAGGCCCUGGACUCUCUUGAAAAUCUCG